AUGUUUUUACCUCGUCUCGUUCGGUACAGGACCGAGAGGUUUAUAAAAAUGGUACCUACCAGGACCUUGCGACGAAUCAACCACAGCAGCAGGGAUCCAAUUCAAAAACAGGUCUUGGCCCUUAUCAAAGCAAAUGCGAAUUUAAAUGACAAUGACAAGUUGAAAAUACGGAAAUAUUGGUCUGACAUGGCGGACUACAAAAGUCUUCGGAAACAAGAAAAUAGCUUACUGGAAAGCUCUAUAUUACACGAGGUCAAGAUCGAAGAUUUCAUCAGUUUCAUCAAUCGCACAAAAACCUCAUCUAUGACUACAAGAGGAAUUUAUAGAAGAGAAUGUUUGUACCAAUGCAAGAAAAACUUGGAUCUAGUCAAUCAAGUGGUCUCCCAAGUUUCAUCCGUAAGACAUCAAAAGCCCUUGACUACGCAAUUGGAUACUAUGCGCUGGUGUGUUGAUGAUGCCAUCGGCACAGGAGACAUAGUUAUGGCUGCCGACCUUUUCCUGCUGUACUACAGAUUAUUUACAGAUGAUAAAAAGCUAGACGAACAAUAUGCUAAGAAAAUAAUAUCAGUAUUAGCGUACCCAAACCCACUGCAUGAUCAUGUUCAUCUAGUCAAAUAUUUACAACUGAACUCUCUGUUCGAAAGUAUAACCGGAGGCGGAAUAAAGUUAACGAGGUUUCAAUUAGAAACUCUUUCUAAUAAGGCCCUCGGCUUAAGUAAUGAAGCCCCGCAAUUAUGCAAGGCUAUACUGAACAAACUGAUGAAUAUAAACUAUUCUUUGACUAACGAUUUGAAGCUUCGGGAUGAUCAAGUGCUGCUUGCGUACAAGUCCAUUGAUGAAAAUUAUAGAAGAGGAAAUGUUGCAAGUGUGUAUUCUAUUUGGAACAAAAUCAAAGAGCACUAUGUUUCCAUUUCUGCACAUGAUUCCAGAAUCAUUUAUAAAGUCUUCAAGAUUUGUACCCAUAAUAGAGCCUAUAGAUCUAUAUGUAGCGAAAUGUUUUGGCAAUUAACUCCAGAGUACUAUUGUAAUAACCCUUUGAUAUUACCGGCAAUUAUUGACUUCAUUACAAAGCAAGACUCUUUAACAAUGGCCAAGGAACUCAUGCAGAACAUUAACAGAUACACUUUACCCGAAAACCAUCAUAUUGUCUGGCUUAACAAGAGAUGUCUUUCUUCAUUGCUAAGAAUGCAUUUGAAAUUUAACGAUUCUAACGGUGUAGAUAGGGUUUUGAAGCAAAUAACAACAAAUUUCAGGGCGCUUUCGCAAGAAAAUUAUCAAGCAAUAAUUAUUCACCUUUUCAAAACACAAAACCUCGAUCAUAUCGCUAAGGCAGUCAAAUUACUCGAUACUAUACCCCCCGGACAAGCAAUGUUAGCCUAUGGGUCAAUAAUUAACGAAGUAGUUGAUUGGAAAUUGGCUUCAAAGGUCAAGUUCACCGAUAAUUUGAUGGCACUUGUAAACGAUUUGUUGACGAAGGCACAUGAUUUUGAUCCUGACCACAGAAACUCUCUUUGGAAUGUGGUUUCCGCUUUAUACAUUAAAAAACUUUGUCAUUAUAAAAAGCGAGAUGGUAAAUUUGUUGCCAAUGCCAAGAAGGAUAUCGAUUUGGCAAAACUACUUUAUAUAAAUGCUGCAAAGAGAAGUAAAACAUACUGGACAAAAUCGAACUGUAACCCAUUCAUUGCAUCCUCCCCAUGUGAUGUCAAAUUAAAAGUGAAUAAUCAAAACAGGUUUACUAUUUUAAGGAAUAUUGCAUUAAGCGCACUGCAGAUAGGAAGAACAGACAUUUUUCUUUGGGCGUGCGCAGAACUAUACCAGAACGGUAUGACGAUUGAGGAAUUGAAGUUAGACUGGAAUUUCAUCUUAAAACAUCAAAUUAGAAAUUCAGAGUUCAAAACAAACAAGGAGAUCAUACAAGAUAUUAAAAAGCAUGGUGUGUCGGCUGUCAAACGUUACUUAAGAUGA